AACAGAGAGAGACUGGGAGUAUCUGGGGAGCCCCUGGCUGCUGAUCCACACCGUGCUGGAUCGACGCCCUCUAGUGACCACUACAAAAGACAAGCACAAUGACAAGUCGAACUAUCCAAUAAUCCUUGCCAGCCGAUCCAAAGAUAGGCAGGAUAAAUACAACAACCAAAAGCCAGGAAAAAAAUCAACUGGGUAAACGUAUCUAAACUGAGUUUUAAAGCCCUUUAUGUUUGUUUCUGAUGAGUCAUGAUGAAAACGAGAAUAAAACAAUUUUGUUCUGUGUGAUUUUAAAGUUAAAAUUAAGUUUAUUGCUGUGUGAUCAGACUGGAGGUCAACUUCGUCACUGCUUCUCUUGCAUUAAAAAUGGACUUUAUUUAGAUACCGGCUCAGUAUGGGUUAACUGUGGGAUAUUAUGGCUAAUGUUUAAAUUAAGUUAAUUAAAAAUCGACAUGAUAGCCAAUAAAACUUGCCUGAGCCGUUUUUAGGGGCUUAUGGGAGAAACUAAAAGUCCAGCACGGCUCAAUAACUGCUUAGCAUGGGAAAGGUACCGCUUAGUUAUCCAUAGCCAUUUAUAGCCUUUAAUUACGGGCCUAUUUCGUGACCCCUGAGUUCAGCCGUCUAAUUCCUGACCCAAAUGCUGACGAACAAAGGUGGAAUGUGAUGCCCCUUUUCCGUAGACAAACUCCUAAACGUUUCCCAUCAAUUUCAUGGGAAAGUUCAAGCACGAGGAAACUCUAAAACGCUUCAGCUGAGUCUUAAUAGCGUAUUGAACCUAUUAGUGCAUCAGGGACACUCUGCUGAUGAAAAGCGCAAGAGAAAACCGUUGCAGAGAUUUCAGAAAUUCUGUGAUAUGCAUAACACUGUUCACGUUGGGCAGUAUUACAUUAUAAAGCUGGAGGUGGUACUUUAGGACCCAGCUGAUCGUUGUAAUUGUGGCUGAUAUUUUCCACGUUGUGAGGGGAGGGGGCGGCCCGGAGGGGGGCUGUCAAUCACAGUGAAAGUGGCCGGGGUGGGCAGGCCCCUAUGACACUUUGUACCGUCGGAGGGGGAUAUUUAACUUGGGACUGAGCACCACUCGCUACAGACACACUCACACACAGUGUGCCUAAGCAAAGAAACGCUCCAGCGCCAAGUGUCUCAGACUCCUGAAGUAGGAGCGGCUCAGUAGGAGCUUCUGUACCAGUUAUCAAAGGAGCGGAGACGCUCCCUCGGGAAUUGAAUCGGCCGGGCAAAAAAGCUCCAGAUUAUGGACUUUCUCGUCAUUCAGCAACAGUGGGACCUGGAGCUUUUCUGAAAGGAUUCAGCAAUGCCACAGUGAAAGGAACUCUGAACUAACAACGUUAACUGUCUCUCAGCAGUUUGCAUUUGAUAUGCACUGACACUGCAAUUUGUUAUAACGCCGCUUUUCAGCGUUGCUUUUUGUUACAUGCGCAACGAAGAGUUUUGCGGGAAUGUUACAGCCUGAGACUUUUAUGUAAAGAACUGCUGUGCGAUUUGGAACAUCCUCUGGAAAGAUAAAUGGCUGUUAUUUCAUAAAUUGAGACUGCAUCCUACUGUGGCUCAUUUUCCUCUAAGUUUUUGGACAUUUUCAGUGAGGUGCAUAUAUCGACGGCUGGAAUACCACAAAGGACUGACUGCACAGACCAUUUCCUUAGUCCAUGGAUUGUGCGCCCUGGGACCUUGUCAAACCUGAGAGCGUCAAGCGACGUUAAGAGAAGCCACGUUUAUAAAAGCCGUGCGUAAAAAUAACAUUGGCCAAGGCAGCCCUCAUUGCCGGGCGCGUGACAUUUAAAACUUGGUGAAGUACCCUUUUGUGCGCCCUUCUCUCUCGGGACGCUCCGGAUCUAUUCUGUCCCUUUAGAAAACACUUCAUUCCAUGCAGCUCUCGCCUCCGCCGCUGUCAUCCAGUGUAGACAGUUCGUCGUGGCUUCGAGUCCCCGGGGUAACCAUGACAACCGAAAGAAACCCAAAGUGAAUCCAAGGGAGCGGGGUGAGGCCGGAGAGAGCGUGAAUAGCGUUUUCCCCAUUUUGUUUUGUGCUUUUUUUGUUUAGACUAAACACUUUUCUGCAAAGCAGGGGCACCGCUCCGCGCUGCAGGGUUGCAUCAGCGGGCAAAUUGCAAAGUUGAAGGAGCCCUAAAAAGCAAACACUGCGCUCCAUGUCAUUCAAACCCGACGUGGUCUAUUAAAAGUAUCGCCUUGCUGGUGACUGAACUUCUACUAUUUAUGAAGCCCCGGGCUAGUCUUUGCAGAGAAUACAGUAACCGGGAACAGAAUUGAAUACUAUUUACGCAAGAAGAGCCCGUGCGUAAAACAAGAGGAAUUAUGGGCCUCUCCCAAACGCUGCUGUUUUACGUGCUGGUGUGCGUUCACCUUGGAGUUUCCCAGCAUUACCUUCGCCUCCGUCCAUCGCCCAGUGACCACCUCCCCGUGCCCGACCUCAAAGAAGACCCCGACCCGGAGUACGACCCUCGGGAGCAGGACUUGGCCGAGAGGACUCUGAGGAAAAAGCUCGGCAGUAACUUUGACCCCAACUUCAUGUCCAUCAGCUCGCCCAUGCUGGUGAACCUCUCCGCAUCAGACAACCAGGUAAAGCUGCAGGGGCCCAUGCCUAACGAGAUUAAAAAGCUGGACCUCACAGAGACCCCCUAUGGAAAGCGGGUAAAAGUGGGCAAGAAAGCCCGCAGGAAAUUUCUGCAGUGGCUGUGGACCUAUACGCACUGCCCAGUGGUGUACACCUGGAAGGAUUUGGGCGUGAGGUUCUGGCCACGUUACAUCAAGGAGGGAAACUGUUUCUCUGAGCGCUCUUGCUCCUUUCCUGAGGGGAUGUCUUGCAAACCCGUCAAGUCAAUCAACAAGAUUUUCCUCCGGUGGUAUUGUCAGGGGUUUCUAAGACAGAAAUACUGUACGUGGAUACAGGUGCAAUACCCAAUCAUCUCAGAGUGCAAGUGUUCGUGCUGAUUUUAAGGAAGUAGUGGCGGUCGAGGGGGGAGUGGACUGGAAAUACGGUUUCUAUUGCACUGUUAACUCUCUACAGAGGUGGGCACCAUAGCAAAUCUAUUUUUUUAUAUAGCAUUUUAAGUGAAAUACCAACGUUGUACAUAUUUAAGAAAAAUGCAGCUAUUUUUUCUAAUUGAACCAGGACCAUAUUUUAUUCUCCACCCUGAAACGUGUUUUUGGGGGAACACGAGCACUUCACAAGGAAGAGCUUUUCUUUUUUUUUUCUUUUUUUUUUUUUUUGAUAUUUUUAUGAGACAUUGAAGAUGGAAUGCAUAUGCUACACUUCUCCAAGAGGUGAACUUUUUUUUCAACUGAACAUUGAUGCUGACUGUUAUUUCACUGCAAUGCUGCCUAGAGUUUUUGUAUAAUAUUAAUAUCAAUAAUAAUUAAAUUGUUUAAAAAAAAAGUUGAGGUUAAAGAUAUAUAUAAAGGCGUGAACUCAGCUUUUUUGGAAUACAUAGUAUUGUAGAAAUAAACAAAUCUGUACGUUUUAUUUAUUAUUUUAACGAUUGUGAGUAUAGAGCAUAAGGAAAGAGAAUAGCAGAGUAUACCAGAAUAAAUAUGGGAGAUGUCUACUUGAAUAUUUCUAAAAAUUAAAAAAAAAAGAAAUAAAAUAAAUAAAAAGUAAAA